AUGUUACGACAGAGACACCUCAAAGAGUUAUUGAGUGACCGAGGAAGGACCAACUUUGCCAGAGGAUGCGAACAACAUCAAGGGUCGCCGAAAUCGCCCUCACCAACCCGCACCGUCCACAUGAUCAUCGGCAGCGGCGAAGAUGCUUCCAUCAACAACGUAAAGUUCACCACUACCCACAUGCUCAAACGAUCGAUCAGCCGCAAGCGCCAUGCAGAUAUGCCGGGUAUCCUGAAGGAAAUCUUCACGCACAAGCUGAACGUCAACCCAUUCUACCCCCUAGUGAGGCAGGUCAGGCAUAAGUUCAACUCAUCGAUCAAUGACGCAGUACGCGAAGAGGUGGAAAAGCUAUUAGAAAAUGGCUCUGUCAGGGAAUCAAAAUACCCUCAGUGGGUCGCCAACGUGGUCAUGGUGAAAAAGAAGAAUCGGAAAUGGUGGAUGUGUGUAGAUUUCACAGAUUUGAACAAAGCAUGCCCCAAGGAUUCGUUUUCGUUAUCCCAUAUCGACCAACUCAUCGACGCAACGGCCGUACAUGAAUUACUGAGCUUCUUGGACGCAUAUUCGGUCUAUAAUAAAAUCCUCGUGGAUGAAGAGGAUCAGUAG